AUGGAUUGUAGAGUCUGUGUGGCCACCGGUGAUUUGUGGAUGAGAAUGGCCGGCCGUGGUGGUGGUGUGGUGGGUGACAUCGGAGGUGGGUUUAGCCACGAGAGCGAGCAUGACUUGGCGGUUAUGGUGAGUGAUUUCUUGGAAAAUGGGAGUGGUGGGGCCGAGUCAAGAUGUAGUAGCGACAGCGAUUCUGGGUUCUGCGAUCUUCCUCACCUUGCUGAUAAGAUUUUGUAUCACAAGUUGUCGGUGGAUCAAUAUGAGAGCAAUUUAAUGGCAGUGGUUAAUUCUCUUAUGCUAUCUAUCAAAGGCAUCAAUCUUCACCCUGUCAAGUCAGGUCCGUGCAAUGCUAGCUGCAUCAGGUUUUCUCUGGUAAAGCUUCUGAGGCUUUCUGGUUUUGAUGCCGCUGUAUGUGCAUCCAAGUGGCAGGGUAGUGGCAAGGUUCCCGGAGGGGAUCACGAAUACAUUGAUGUGCUUAGUUGCAAUGAUACUGGAAGAUCUGAGCGUUUGAUCAUUGAUAUUGACUUUCGAAGCCACUUUGAAAUAGCUAGAGCUGUUGACACUUACGAUAGAAUGUUGAAUUCCCUUCCGGUUGUUUAUGUGGGAUCUUUAACAAAGCUGAAUCAGUUACUUCAAGUUAUGGUUGAAGCUGCCAGAUCUUCUCUCAAACAGAACUCAAUGCCCCUUCCUCCCUGGAGAUCUCUCGCUUAUUUGCAAGCUAAGUGGCAGUCACCCUACCUGAGAAAGUUUAAUCCUGAUGAACAGGAAGUUAACAGCACCAGCCCUGAGCAUAAGCAAUGUAGUGGACAUUUGAAGAGGCUGCAAUCUUUGCUUCAGUCUGAAAUUGAAGCAGAGCGAACAUUGAAAGUCAUGAACUAUGAUAAAAAUCGGAGGCGGACAGUUGAGUUGCAGAGGCAUUCUUUAUUCAGGACUCUUUGAGAUGUACAGAUACUUGCUAUCAAUGGUUUAAAGGCCAACCGUUGAGAAUUUUUUUCCCCAGACAUCAAAUAAGUUUUUUGAACCAGAACGGAGGCCAGGUUUAUGUAGCUGACAUUAAGAGUAAAUAACACGCCAUAUUAUGGAGGGCAUGUUUUUUUUCCCGUCUCAUGUUGUGGCAUUUACACUUGGUUCUUUAAUUAUUUGUGAGCCAGAAGAAGCACGAAGAGUAUGGUUUAUGUAACUGCUGCGGGUUCUCUCUGCCUUCCACAGCUUUGAGGUCCUCGCCGCUUGGUACUUGCCUGAUCCUGGAGCAUCAUUAUAUAGACUUAUUUUUCCUAUUUUCUCGGUAUUGAUAAAAACUGUAUUUCUUGUUUCUUUGUUAUGUAGCAGAAAUUCCUCCCCCCCCCUCCCCCCUUUUUUUUUUUUCUUUCGAUAUGUUUUUCCCUUCAAAUGUUAAUCUAGUAAAGGCUCAUAAGAUUUUGUUUCCUUGAACCUUUAGGGAGUGUCAUAAUUUUUCCAGUAUUCAAAAGGCUGCUUGAACAUUGUUAUUUUUUUCGAUCAGUUAAUAAAGUUACUUUUCAUGGUUU